GGAUGCUAGUGAGAUUCGUCUCUGAGCCACAGUGGGAACUCCGAGAGGAGUUGUUCCUUGUGUGUUUGAGUGAGGCCUUGAGUGGAUAUGGGCCCCAGGUGUGGGCAGGAGGGUUUUGUCUCAGCUGUAGGAGUUUGCUCCCUGCAAUGCCCGGAGAGCAGGUGAGGGAACGCAGAGCCUGGGGGAGGCUCCCCUGGUGGGCAUUGCUUCCCCAGGUCCCUUGGAUUCUGACUGGUGGCACAGCUCAGGAGGUGACAGAGCAGAAGACAACAGUCUCGUUUUACAGGUGAGGCAGCAGGUCCCUUAGGGCGGGCAGGAAAGCCACAAGGCCAGGGCAUCCCCCGGGGUGUUCCCAGGGGCAGUGGCCCACCUAGAGGGGGAGUUCCUUCACUAAGCCACAGGAAGGGGGGUGCCUUCAUGAGUGCGGGAGGACAGGACAGCACAGCCUGCUGUUGCCAGUAGGUGGCUUGGACCCAGUGAAUGGGGGUAAGGGGUCUGCAGGCCAAGUGGGGGGUUGGAAAGGCAGCCAGGGACAGGGGACUUCCCAAUUUGAACAUUCUCAUGUGCCUUGUCCCAUGAAGUCUCGGGUUUUCCUUGAGUUAUGUCAGGGUCCUGAACAGGGGCAGAGUGGGUGCAGGGACACUGAACAUCGGGAAACGGGGAGCAGGGGACCCAGCUGGCUGGAGGGAGUGAGCAGGGGAGGCUGCCAGGCACUGGAGGCUGGGUCCUGGCAAGUGAGGGGCAUCUCCUAGGGCUCUGCAUCUGAGGCUGGAGCAGCUGGCCGAGUGCCUGUGGAGGCUCUCUCUUCCCACUGGCCCUCCCAGCCUGCAGGGCUGCUGCACAGCCCUGCUCCCAUGUGUGACUCUGCUGGUCCCAGGAGAUUUGAGAAUGCAAGGUUCCUGUGAGCCCUUAGCUACCAGCACCCCUGGCCUCUGAGCAAUUGUCCUGCUGAGCACAGAACUGGGGUUACUCCCGAUUCAAGGGUGGAAGAGGGGCUCCUCCUGCGGCUGUGCUGAGGUCCAAUCCAUGUGAGGUCCUUCCCAAUCUGGAAUCCACAACGUGGAUCUGGGGGACGGGGCCUGAGAUUCCAGGAUGGUCUGCGAUGCGGGCUGGGAAGGUGGAAGGCCUGACCAGGCCCCAGAGCCGGGGAGGUCUCAGAGGGGUCACUGGAAGUUGAGGCCGGCUUCCCAGAAGCAUCCUUUGAACCGAGGCACCGGCACACGCAACCCACCAGAUUCAGCAAGGGAGGACAAGGCUGGGGCUCUAUGGCAGGCAUGUCCCUUCGGGCCCUUGUAAGGAUACUGAACUUUCUCCUUCGGGAACUGGGGAUCCAUGAAAAAAUCUGAGGAGGCGCGGUCACAGGGCGCUUCCCAGGAUGACGUCGGGGCCCGGCCCGCCCCGCUCCCAGGAUGUGCUCCGGAAGGAUCUCAGCGGCGAGGGCAGCCCUGGGGGCUUCUUGGAGAGGAGGGAGCGGGGGCCCGGGCCCCUGGGCAAGGACUCGUCGGAAGGGAGGGGCGUGGCGCGGGUGGAGGUGGCCGGAGAAGGGCGCGGAGGGCGUCCGCGGGGCUGGCGGGCCGGUCGCCCUGGCGCCCUCGGGCCUCGGUUUCCCCGCGCGGCGGGGCGGGGCGAGUCGAGGGCCGCGCGAGCCUGGAAGUCGCCUGCAGGGGGCGGCCGCGGGCGGCGCGGCCGGAGUCGAAGUCGCAGCCGGAGCUGCGGCGGAGACCGCGGGAGCCGGCGAGCGAGGAGCAGGUGCUCAGGAACCCUGAAGCCGAGCAAAGAUGCUGCAGAGCCCCUGGAGAGGGCCUGGCUUCUGGAGACGUGAAGUCAGUUGUGAAGAGGCCCUGGGGGAGGCCCCCCGCCGGCUCCUGUAAAGAAGGGGCUCAGGGCCGGGCAGGGCCGGCGGUGCUGCAGCUAUGGACCGUGAGCUGGGCUGGCCUGCGCCCUCACUGACCCUGCCUGUCCAUGGAGGUGUCCACCAUGGCCUCCUUGGAGUACAUCAUGGUGGAGCUGGCGAUCGCCGUGCUGGCCAUCCUGGGCAAUGUGCUGGUGUGCUGGGCUGUGUGGCUGAACAGCAACCUGCAGAAUGUCACCAACUACUUUGUGGUGUCCCUGGCGGCAGCCGACAUUGCCGUGGGGGUCCUGGCCAUCCCCUUUGCCAUCACCAUCAGCAUAGGGUUCUGUGCCGCAUGCCACAGCUGCCUCUUCCUUGCCUGCUUCGUCCUGGUCCUCACGCAGAGCUCCAUCUUCAGCCUCCUCGCCAUCGCCAUUGACCGCUACAUUGCCAUCCGCAUCCCACUCCGGUACAAUGGCUUGGUGACUGGCACGCGGGCCAAGGGCAUCAUUGCGGUCUGCUGGGUGCUGUCAUUUGCCAUCGGCCUGACUCCCAUGUUGGGCUGGAAUAGCUGCAGCCAGCAGGAGGUGGGCAAAAACCAGUCACAGGGCUGCAGGGAGGGCCAGGUGGCCUGUCUCUUCGAGGAUGUGGUCCCCAUGAACUACAUGGUGUACUUCAACUUCUUCGCCUGUGUCCUGCUGCCCCUGCUGCUUAUGCUGGGUGUCUACCUGAGGAUCUUCCUGGCAGCCCGGCGGCAGCUGAAGCAGAUGGACAGCCAGGCACUGCCAGGGGAGCGGGCUCGGUCCACGCUGCAGAAGGAGGUCCACGCUGCCAAGUCACUGGCCAUCAUUGUGGGGCUCUUCGCCCUCUGCUGGCUGCCCCUGCACAUCAUCAACUGUUUCACCUUCUUCUGCCCUGGGUGCAGGCAUGCCCCGCCCUGGCUCAUGUACGUGACCAUCAUCCUCUCUCACACCAACUCCGUGGUGAACCCCUUCAUCUAUGCCUACCGCAUCCGUGAGUUCCGCCAGACCUUCCGCAAGAUCAUCCGCAGUCACAUCCUGAGGCAGCGGGAGCUCUUCAAGGCAGGUGGCACCAGUGCCCGGGCCCUGGCGGCUCAUGGCAGCGAUGCCGAGCAGAUCAGCCUCCGCCUCAACGGCCACCCUCCUGGGGCGUGGGCCAACGGCAGUGCCCCCCAGCCCGAGCGGCGGCCCAAUGGCUGUGCCCUGGGGCUGCUGAGUGGAGGGAGUGUGAGGGAAUGUGGUGGGGACACGGGCCUCCCAGACGUGGAGCUCCUCAGCCUCGAGCUCCAGGGAGCGCGCCCAGAGUCCCCUGGCCUCAAGGCCACCCGAGCCCAGGACAGAGCAGGAGUGUCCUGAUGACCCCGGGAGGGAAGCCCUUCUCCUGGCGGGCAGAACCAGUCACUCAGGAGAAGAGUGCAUGGGAGCGGGUGGCCGGUUCCCACUCUGGACAGAGAGGAGGGGGCCCGGCCCAGCAGCCUGAGGCCCAGCAAGAAGGGUCUCGAGUCCGAGGAAGCCGAUGUUUCAUGCUGGGAGGCCCGGUGCAGAGCAUCUUGGCUGGCUGGGGCCGGUCCCCAAAUCCAGAAGCACCUGGAAGCGCCACCUUGUCUGUGCAGAGCAUCUGUGGCAGAGCAGGCUGGCUGCCGGCUGAGUGGUUCCCACAGGCCCCCUGCAGCACCCCACCCUCCCCAGCCUCCUCAGGGGUCCAGGAGCUGCUGUGUCUGGAGGUGGCUCAGAACUACUUUCUUCCAGGAGAAAAUGUAAACGCAAGGAAACCCUUUUUAUUUUCUCAUCGUCCCUCCCUGGCCGCCGGGUCUAUUUUGGUCCUGCUGCUAACCUGGCACCAGGACUUGGCCCAGGGAGUCCCAGGCAGCCCCUCCCACUGCCGUGAGUUGCCUUGCGUCUUGCUCGAGGACACCGGCCUGUAAGGGAGCAGGGCCAGGGUGUGGGCGCAGGGGCGAUGGGGGAGGCCGGCAAGGUGCAUCCAGGUAGCCCAGGGCUGCCCAUGGAGAGGCCCAACCUAACUGCCUUUCCACCUGAAGGGAAUGUAUUUUUUUUUUUUCUGAGAAAAAAUAAAAAUGAGCCAUGUUGUGUUUUAA